GGGAGCAUUAGGGACUUGGUUCUUACACAACAGCGGCUCUUGUUCAUUCUGCCUCGUCCCGUUACCGGUGUGAAAUCCUUCACAUUAUUCCUUUAAACAAACGAGGACACUCUGGGAAAUGAGUGGGGACCAUUUCCAGAACGAAAACCAGAUUGACUGUGGCUCCAGAGUCAAUGACUCUCACAAACACAAAGAAAAGUACAAGGAGCACAAACAUAAGGACCACAAGAAGGACAAGGAGAGGGAGAAAUCCAAGCACAGCAACAAUGACUACAAGGACUCAUCUGACAAAAAGCAUCGAGAGAAGGAAAAGAUGAGGCACAAAGAUGGAAGCACAGACAAGCACAAGGACAAGCACAAAGAAAAGCGGAAGGAGGAAAAGAUGAAGUCUUCGGAUGGUAAAGUCAAAAAGGAGAAAGAAAAUGGCUUUGGCAGCCCUAUCCAUGUGAAAUCUGAGCAAGAGGAUGACUUUUACCACUCUACCAAAUAUGAGAAGACUCUAAAGAGGGAGCGGGAUGAUGAUGAUCUGGAGUUCAAGCCCAAGAAGAUAAAGACUGAAGAUGACAAGAAGGCUAAAAAAAGAAAACAUGAAGAUGCAAAGACAAAAACUAAAGGAAAGGACAAAGUUGCUGAUAAUAAAAAGAAGGCCAAGAAGGAGCCUGAGGAGAAGUGGAAAUGGUGGGAGGAGGAAAGAUACACUGAUGGUGUCAAAUGGAAAUUUCUGGAACACAAGGGACCAGUGUUUGCACCUCCAUAUGAGCCUCUGCCAAGCCGUGUCAAAUUUUACUAUGAUGGUAAACAUAUGAAACUCAGCCCUGAAGCAGAAGAGGUGGCCACAUUUUUUGCCAAAAUGCUUGACCACGAGUACACCACUAAAGAUAUUUUCCGCAAAAACUUUUUCAAAGACUGGAGAAAGGAAAUGACUGCAGAGGAAAAGUCUACAAUCACUGACUUGAAGAAGUGUAACUUCACUGAAAUGGCUGAAUACUUCAAGGCACAGUCAGAAGCCAGAAAGGCCAUGACUAAAGAAGAAAAAUUGAAAAUAAAAGAGGAAAAUGAGCGCCUUUUGCAGGAAUAUGGCUUUUGUAUCAUGGACAACCACAGGGAACGUAUUGCCAACUUCCGCAUUGAGCCCCCAGGUCUCUUUCGUGGUCGCGGAGAUCAUCCUAAAAUGGGCAUGCUCAAACGUCGCAUUAGGCCCCAAGACAUCAUUAUAAACUGCAGCAAGGACUCUAAACACCCCCAGCCCCCUCCUGGCACAAAGUGGAAGGAAGUUCGCCAUGACAACAAGGUCACCUGGUUGGUGUCGUGGACAGAAAACAUACAGGGGUCCAUCAAAUACAUCAUGCUCAAUCCAAGCUCAAGGAUAAAGGUAGCUAAGGACUGGCAAAAAUAUGAAACGGCCCGUAGACUGAAGAAGUGUGUGGACCGUAUCAGGAACCAGUACAGGGAAGACUGGAAAUCUAAAGAAAUGAGAAUCCGACAAAGGGCUGUUGCACUUUACUUUAUUGAUAAGCUGGCCCUGAGAGCGGGUAAUGAGAAGGAGGAAGGAGAGACUGCGGACACUGUGGGUUGUUGCUCUUUGAGAGUUGAACACAUUAAACUCUACCCAGAGAAAGAUGGACAGGAGUAUGUGGUGGAGUUUGACUUCCUGGGUAAAGAUUCAAUCCGUUAUUACAACCAGGUCCCUGUUGAGAAAAGGGUGUUCAAAAAUCUUCAGUUAUUUAUGGAAAAUAAAGAGCCAGAUGAUGAUCUGUUUGAUCGCCUAAAUACUUCAGUUCUUAACAAACAUCUUCAGGAACUGAUGGAUGGUUUAACUGCUAAAGUGUUCCGUACCUACAACGCCUCAAUCACUCUUCAGCAGCAGCUGAAGGAGCUCACUAAUGCUGAUGACAACAUUCCAGCCAAGAUUUUGUCCUACAACAGGGCAAACAGAGCUGUGGCUAUUCUUUGUAACCACCAGAGGGCUCCACCCAAGACAUUUGAAAAAUCAAUGCAAAACCUGCAAACUAAGAUUGAUGCCAAAAAGGACCAGCUUGCUGAUGCUAAACGAGAACUCAAAAGUGCAAAGGCGGAUGCCAAAGUGCGAAAGGAUGAGAAAACCAAAAAAGCUGUGGAGACCAAGAAGAAGGCUGUCCAAAGAAUAGAGGAACAACUGAUGAAGUUGGAAGUGCAGGCUACCGAUCGAGAGGAGAAUAAGCAAAUUGCUCUUGGCACUUCUAAGUUAAACUACCUGGACCCACGCAUCUCAGUGGCUUGGAGCAAGAAGUGGGGAAUACCUAUUGAGAAAAUCUACAACAAAACCCAACGUGAGAAGUUUGCCUGGGCUAUUGACAUGGCAGAAGAAGACUAUGAAUUCUAAAUCCAAGUUUGUGGUUUUAACUACACUUUUUAUCAGAUACCAUAAGCGUAACAGAUUUGGCCACAAUUGAGAACAAUUUUUAGACCAUUUGAACUGAAACAGCAUUGAAAUGGUAACAAAUGUGUCCCAGCAGUGCAUGAAUGUGGAUGUACAGACUGAAGUCACAACUAAGGCCAGCAUUGUCCCAGUAACUGAGGAACUUUACCAUUAUCUUGGUCCUUCACUGGAAAUGCCAGAACUUUUAAAUCUGUAGCUAUGGUAUGGAAAAAAAAAAAAAAAAAAGCUUUGUAUUUUCUGCUCACCUUUGUAUUUUAGCGCUCCCAUGUAUUAAUGUAUCUAUAUUUUGUCAGAAAAUUGAUCAAAAUGAAUUCCUUAAAUACACCCAUGCGCCUUUUGGAGGAAAUUGAGAUGAAUUGACUGAGUGUUGUGCAUAUGAGAGUUGGUACAUAGUAGUCUUGUAGAGAUACUUCAAAACUGGACAGUGAAUUGUAAAAAAAAAACAAAA